CAUCAGGAUCACAUUCUCCUUCGUUGGAGAUUGAAAGAGAAAACGAAAAGAAAAGUUUUUCCAGACAUAUUGUUCAAACAACCUCAAAGAAAGAAAAAAGUGCGGGAAACUGUGGAAGCAAGGCAUCAACGUGACGCUAUCACGACAUGUUGCGCUGGGUGGAGGAAGCCCAGUUGAAACAACGUUAAACCAACAAUUGGGUUCAUCAAUUCCUACAAUUCUGGUUUUGAAGAACAAUUUUGGUACAUCCAAAAUACUUAUGCGAUAUUGGUAAUAUUCCAAAAUCCUAUGGACACAUUUCAUUUAGCUCCUGCUGCUGCUGCUGCUGAUCAUUUCAGAGGGGAAAGAAGAAGAAAAGGAGGAAGAAGAGGAGAUUUGAGAAGGAAAAAAGGAAGAGCAGCUAGCUUGUAAGAUUAGCUAGCUCCUGGUUUUGCUGCAGCAACGUUGAGGCAUCAUCAUCUCAUUGAUUGAAAAUGCAGCUCCACAUAUCUCCAAGCUUGAGGCAUGUCACGGUGCUUCCAGGGAAAGGUGUUAGAGACCUCAUCCAAGUCAAAGUUGGAGGCAAGAAGGUAUCGUAUCGAAUGCUCUUGUAUUCGCUUCUCUUCUUCACCUUCCUCGUGCGGUUCGUGUUUGUCCUCUCCACUGUCGACUCCAUUGAUGGCGAAGCCAGAUGCUCCUCUCUUGGUUGCUUGGGGAAAAGAAUAGGGCCAAGGUUACUAGGAAGAAGGAUGGACCAAUCUGUUCCUGAAGUAAUGUACAAAGUACUAGAACAACCCAUUGACAAGGAAGAACUACAAGGAAGAACAGACAUACCUCAAACACUCGAGGAAUUCAUGGCAGAAGUCAAGGAUUCAAGAUUUGAUGCCAGAACUUUUGCUCUCAAGCUCAGAGAAAUGGUUUCACUAAUGGAAGAUAGGACGAGAACAGCGAAAAUCCAAGAGUAUCUGUACAGGCAUGUAGCAUCAAGUAGCAUACCAAAACAGCUCCAUUGCCUAGCCUUGAGGCUGGCGAAUGAGCACUCUACGAAUGCAGCCGCCAGGCUUCAGCUCCCUUCAGCUGAGCUUGUGCCUGCUCUAGUUGACAACUCUUACUACCAUUUUGUACUUGCUUCAGACAAUGUCCUUGCAGCGGCUGUAGUUGCUGCAUCCAUAGUCCGAAAUGCAUUGAGGCCACAAAAGUUUGUGAUCCACAUCAUAACAGACAGAAAAACUUACUACCCAAUGCAAGCCUGGUUCUCCUUGCACCCUCUAUCUCCUGCAAUUGUUGAGGUCAAGGCAUUGCACCAUUUCGAUUGGUUCUCAAAGGGAAAAGUUCCUGUCCUUGAGGCAAUGGAGAAAGAUCAGAAGGUGAGGUCACAGUUCAGAGGUGGGUCUUCUGCAAUCGUUGAGAAUAACACCGAGAAGCCUAAGGUGAUCGCAGCCAAGCUCCAAGCUCUUAGCCCCAAGUACAACUCCAUGAUGAAUCAUAUCAGGAUUCAUCUGCCUGAGCUUUUCCCUAGCUUGAACAAGUUGGUGUUCCUAGACGAUGACAUUGUGGUACAGACCGAUCUUUCGCCACUUUGGGACAUCGAUCUGAAUGGGAAAGUGAAUGGAGCUGUGGAGACAUGCAGAGGGGAGGACCAGUAUGUAAUGUCUAAGAAGUUGAAGAACUAUUUGAACUUUUCACAUCCUUUGAUAGCUCAGCAUUUCAACCCUGAAGACUGUGCUUGGGCGUAUGGAAUGAACAUCUUCGAUCUAGAGGCUUGGAGAAAUACCAAUAUCAGUAACACUUACCAUCAAUGGCUUGAACAGAACCUGAAAUCAGACCUCAGCCUGUGGCAGCUGGGAACACUACCACCAGGACUAAUCGCAUUCCACGGCCAUGUGCAAGCCAUUGAUCCAUUCUGGCACAUGCUAGGAUUAGGGUACCAAGAGAAUACGAGUUAUGAGGAUGCUGAGACUGCUGGUGUCAUCCAUUUCAAUGGCAGAGCAAAGCCAUGGUUAGACAUAGCUUUCCCUCAGCUCAGGCCACUAUGGGCCAAGUACGUUGACUUCUCUGAUAAAUUCGUCAAGAGUUGUCACAUUAGAGCAGCUUAAGAACUUGACCAAAUGGAAAAGGCCAACGACAGCCCACCCAACCACAAGGAAAGAAGAAGAAGACCUCUCUUUCUGCUUUGUAUAUGAAGGAGAAGACUACAAGUGGAUGAAGAAGAGAAGAAAGGAAAGAGGUUCAUAUGGCAGUUCCAGAACAAGAAUGGCUUCAAAAGUUCAGAUUGUAACAUAUUUUUCACUCUUUUCCCUGUGAAUUUUCUCCCAGUUCAUUCCCUUUUGGUUCUCUUCGAAAUUUGUUCUUUUCUUUCUUUUGUAAUCCAUGCCACUUAGAAAUUAGUAUACAGAAAUAAGUUUUGUUUGGAUCCAAGAAAGGAAAAGAAUUCAACGGAGAAUCAAUCAUACAAAAGAGAGAAAGGAAAGUUCUUUGUCUUUUUGCCACUUCUUCCUGUCUGUUUAUUUUCAGCUAUUCAAGGAAGGGAAGGAAGGAAUCCAUUGAUUCAUUCCCUUCACUUCCUUCCAGUUACAUUGGAGACCAAAUCUUUGAGGAACUUGGCAGAGUUAGUGAUGGGAGACUUGAUAGCCAUCAGGUUGUACAGAACAAUCUCAACUUCACCAAUUGCCUUGAACUGUGAAACAACCUUCAUCUCACCUCCUAUUUCAACUAGAACACUCCACUUCUCGCCACUCACAAUUCCAUCCCUCACGCACUUAAAGAUCACUCCUUUCCUCUUGCGCAGAACUCCUUGAACCUCCAGCCCCAUGAACGAAUAGAUGACCUCAAAGGAACCCACAAAGCCAUUAAGCUCUUCUCCAAAAUCACCAUCACGCUCACCCACUCCUUCAAACCCCCAUCUUGGGUUCAAAAUCACAACUGGGUUUGGAUACAAACCGUCUGCAACUCUUUUCACGUACACUAGCUGGGAACUCUCUGGAGAAAGAAACACUGCCACGUCAGAACCAGACAUUGGUCUCCUGAUGUUGUCAUAGGCAGACAUGUCGACGUGUUCAACAUUAGCUGAUGAUGAAGCAGACAGCUGGAAUGCUUCAACUGCAGCAUCUCUGAGUGCAGGGGUGGGCCAGAGGAUCAGAAUCUUGGCAAGAUAGCCUUUUCUUUUGAUGGGUAAGUCGUUGAAGAUGUCAAGAGCUAGUUGAGAGAGGGAAGCAGGGGAAUCAUCAACCACAGGGAUUUCAACUUGGAAUCUAGGCUGCUUGAGCUUCUUGGUCCUGCCGACGAGCUUGGGAUUGUUGAGGGGCUUCUCUAAGGUUUUGGAGAGGCAGGUCUGAGCUUGGAGGAUUGCUUCUUCUCUGGAGGUUGGUGGGUUAGAGGAGGAAGAAAGUGAAGAGUGGACUUGAAGACAGAAAAGUUUGGAUCUUUUGUUGGGAAGAAAAGAGUGGUGGGUGAUGGAAAGACGAUGGAGGUCAUUGUUGCGAUGGGUCAGGGAAAAUGGAAGGGACUGGCUGCCGGUAAAGCUGCGGUGGUGGUGAGAGAUGUGUGGGGUUGAAGAUUUGGGAAUGGAGCUUGAGAAGACUACUGUAGCCCAUGGAGGAAAGUGGAUAUCUUGGUGGAGAGAAAGAUGAUGAAGAAGAGAUACUCAAAUUGAGUGUUGGUUGAUACUUGCAAGAGAAUAACUGAAUAUGAUCCUGUAAUGCUACUGCUGAGAAAUUCGAAGGAGAUAUGAUAUGAUUCAUGAUGAUGCAUGGCAGCUGCACAACCGUAUAAUAAUUUCAAAUGGAGUUGCCCCACAAGCCACAAUUUUUGCUUUUAGCAUAUGGCAUUUGGAGGAUCAUGCUGCCUGGUUAAUGUUCGAGUGAUUUUCAAAUAUGCUCUUUUUAGUCGAAGUUCAAAAUUCGCUAUGGAAAAGAUGGAGAUUGUCAAGAAGCUAUGGCUGGCUGUCCCUUGCUGGUAUGAAAAUAUAGUUAGAGAUCUGCUAGAGAGACUUAUUGAAAUUUACACGAGCAGAACAGCAAUAGUUCUUAGAUCAUCAUACAGAUUGGGACAUUACAGGGCGACGAAAUCACCCCACCAUUUCUGAGUUAGAACACACUUCAUCAAAAACUAAUACAAGACCAAGAACAAUAAGAGGAUAACACAUUACACUUGGAUUGCAAAAUGCAGGCCUCAGGCACCACACCGGUUAGAGCUUAAGCAACCGGGGGACGAAGCACAUGGUCUUGUGAGGUAUCGACCGAAGCAGGCGGCAUAAACUGCCACAUUGCAACACCUGGAUAGCCAAUGAAAGGUACCAACUUAUUGCCGGGAGCUUGUCCUUGAGCUGCAGCAAAGGCAGCAGCUGGAAUAGCAGGGGGAGCAGGCAAAAAGCUAGGUUGAGCAUUCAUGGUUUUCAUUUGCUGUUCCAGCUUCUCUUUCUCUGCUUUAAGACGCUGCUUCUCAUCACGAAGCUCGUUCUUCUCCACCUUCAGUUCUUUAAUUUUCUCUUGAAGACUUGAAUUUGAGUCCUUCAGCUUCUGUGCUUGACC